AGCACCAGCCAGCCAGACAGCUGGCCAGCCAUGGGGACCCGCCAGGCGGGAGAGAGAGAGAGAGGAAACCAGAGGAGCAUGUACCCAGCAGGACACAGACCCUACCAGCAGCCCUGCAGCUCCCCAACACUAGACGGCCACUUCUACCAGAGAUGCAAGAAAACCAGGCUGAGUGGGUGCUGACUAAAUAGCUCUUGCCCCUGAGCGGUUUAACCAGGGGUGGGAGGGCGGUUGUGGUCAACAGAUGUGGUCGUUGCGGAGGGCCAUGGGGCCGGAGCCAUCGCGGAGGCGCUGUCUGCUCAGGUGGCUCGGGUUGAAGGUGUGCCGCAGGAGCACGCUGGUGUUCGCCCUGCUCUGGUUCGGCUCCUGGGUGUUCCUCAAUGGCCUGGUGUUUGUGCACCGGACCAUCCUCUCCGACUACUGCACGGACGACAAGAGCAAGAAGAUCCUGCAGAGAGUGUGUGAGGAGUAUCGCGAGGGUGCCCUGACCGGUGACCUGUGCGAGGACCUGUGCGUGAGCGACCAGGUGGAGUACAGGCGCUGCCUCUACUACGAGAACGGUAAGAAGGUGAUCGAGGCGCGCUGGCGUGGCACGCACGUAGUGCUCAAGUCCAAGCUGGAGAACUUCUCCUCCUACGAAAGCCUGGGCCUCCUGGAGUACCAGGACCCGGCCGAAGAGCUCUCUCCCCUGGACGUGGUCUUCUAUGCCACCCUGGAGAUCAGGAACUCCCUGGGGCUGGACGUAAGUGGCAACGCCUCGCUACCAUCGCUAUGGGGCCAGAGGCUUAGGGAGCGUGGGCGGACCUACUCGCGGGCUGAGCUGGCAUCGCUGUGGUCUCUGCUCCAGCAGGAGGAGUACACGUUCCUGAGGGUGCUGCAGGACCUCAGCCGCCACAUAGCCAAGGUGUUGGGCUCAUGCGGACACUUCUACGCCGUGGAGUACCUGUCAGCAGGCCACGCCUGGGACCAGAACAUCUUCUCGCUGGAGGAGGUAUCGGCGGGCCCAUGGACGGCGAGGGACAUGGUGCACCGCAUCGCCCUCAGCUUCUUGGACAUGGCGUGGCGCUUCGACAACGACUUUUCGCAUCGCCUCCACCUGUGUGACAUCAAGCCGGAGAACUUUGCUAUCCGGAAGGACCUUACGGUGGUGGCUAUAGAUGUGGACAUGGCUUUCUUCGAGCCCAAAAUGCGAGACAUCCUUGAGCAGAACUGCACUAACGACGACGACUGCAACUUCUUUGACUGCAUCUCCAAAUGCAACAUGAAGACGAACAAGUGCAGCUCAAAGCGGAGAAAUAGCAACCUACAGGUGAUCUGUGAGAAGAUCUUUAGGCCCUGGUUUGCUCCCACGCUGCUGGGCGCCAAGUCGGGUCUCCCCCUCCAGGUGGACCUCCAGCGGGCGGUGCAGGAGUGCGUCGAGACUGUGGGGGGCGAGGACGAGGAGCAAGCCCGGGCCGUCCAGAAGCGGCUGUUGGACCUUCUCACGGGCCUCCUCCACCAGGGGACCUCCUCUGAGCAUGGGGGCGAAGGGGGCGCAGAUAGAGAGGGCAUCCACUCUCACACAGCUCUUAACUUCUGAAACAUUGCACUGUUCACCCUCACAAAAACUAUACAGUGAAGAAACCAACUGUAUUGGCUACAUGAGACAAAGCACAUCUCAAUCUCCAUCUCAACCAAAAAUCUAAGUAAAAAAAAUGUAUUAAAUCAAAUCAAACUGUGUUUAA